AUGGCUAACUUCAUAGACCUAAACACUCUCACAAACACCUUACCGGCGGUUCCGAAACUACCCGGGAGUCGAAAAACCGAAAAAUCAAGCUCCUUUGCUCUCAAGAAAACCGGAGAAUUUCAAGAACCGGAUUCGGUACAGAUCACAAGACGGAUGACAUUGAUAAUGCAUUUUAAAACUAUUAUCCAAAAUAUUAGUAAAAAGCUAGGAGAUAGAUAUCUCUUAACGGGCCAGACAGAAACCCGUUAUUUGAACAUCUCGUUUCUUGAGACUUUGAAGAUGAGGUGA